CUAAAGAUGGCCGGUGAUGGAGGCGCUCUGAAGGAUUUAAACGAGAUCAAGUCUCAGUUCCGCACCAGAGAGGGAUUCUACAAGCUGCUCACGCUCUCGGACUCGCAGCAGCGGGCCGGGUUAGCGCGCGCUCCCGGGGCCGGCGGAGCAGCCACGCUCGCGGGGGGCGGCGGAGGCGGAGGGGUGGUACCGGGCCCCGGCGGCUCGUCUCCGGCUUCAGCGGGCCUCCUGCCCCCGGUGCGGGUCUCCAUGGUGAAGCUCCAGCCGGAGGAUCCGAGCGAGGAGUCCGAGCGCGUGUGCUUCAAUGUCGGCCGGGAGCUUUACUUCUACACCUACACCAACAUCAAAAAGGCGGUGGAUCUCAGUAAACCUAUAGACAAGCGUAUAUAUAAAGGGACGCAACCCACGUGCCAUGAUUUUAAUCAGUACUCGGCGACUGCAGAGAGCGUGGCUCUCAUCGUGGGCUUCUCGGCUGGUCAGGUGCAGUACCUGGACCCCAUCAAGAAAGAAACUAGCAAGCUCUUCAAUGAGGAGAGGUUAAUAGACAAAACUAAAGUGACGUGUCUGAAAUGGCUCCCUAAAUCUGAAAACUUGUUCCUGGCCUCUCAUGCCAGUGGUCACCUCUACCUCUAUAACGUCGAGCACCCAUGUGGCACGACGGUCCCACAGUAUUCUCUGCUCCGGCAGGGGGAAGGCUUUGCCGUCUACGCCUGCAAGACCAAGACACCUCGGAACCCUUUGCUCCGCUGGGCGGUGGGCGAAGGUGGGCUGAACGAAUUUGCGUUUUCUCCUGACGGCGUGCACAUAGCCUGCGUCGGCCAGGACGGUUGCCUUCGCGUCUUUCAUUUCGACUCUAUGGAGCUGCACGGUGUCAUGAAGAGCUACUUCGGCGGAUUGCUCUGUGUUUCCUGGAGUCCGGACGGCAAAUACCUGGCAACCGGAGGAGAGGACGACCUGGUCACCGUGUGGUCGUUUGCGGAGAGUCGCGUGGUGGCACGUGGUCAUGGCCACAAGUCCUGGGUCAACGUGGUGGCCUUUGAUCCAUUUACCACCAGCAUAGAAGAAGAGGAACCCAUGGAGCUCAGCGGUAGUGAGGAGGACCUCCACCAGAUCCAGGGACCGCUGAGUUUCGGUCGUGUUCGAACCAGUAGCACUUUGUCACGUCUUUCUCGUCACAGCUCCAAGGGCGGUGGGCCUUCAGUCACGUACCGCUUCGGAUCAGUCGGCCAAGAUACGCAGUUUUGCCUCUGGGAUCUCACAGACGACGUCCUCUAUCCUCGGCUUCCGCUGUCCCGCGCCCUCACCAACACCUUCAGCUCCAACGCUCCGACCUCCAUCAGCACAGGAUUAAACAACACGAGCGGAACCGGAGGAGUCGAAGGCCACCACCACCCUUCCAACAGUCAUCAGACGCCAUCCUUACCACCUCCCUUACCUCGCUCGCUGUCCAGGUCCAACUCCCUCCCACAUCCCGCGGUCGCCAAUGCCUCCAAAACCCAGGGUGGAACCGAGACCGGAGGGACGGUAGGAAGCGGAGGAGGAAGCACCGUCCCAUUCAGCAUCGGCCGCUUCGCCACGCUGUCGCUCCACGAUCGUAAAUCGGACAAGUCCGGAGCCGGAGGGGAGAAGGAGCACAAGCGCUACCACAGUCUGGGAAACAUCAGCAAGAGCAACGAUAAGAUCAACAUCGCGCCGCGGAACAACAGAUUAGAUGCUUCCAAGGUGCUGGGGACGACGCUUUGCCCUCGGAUGAACGAGGUCCCGCUGCUGGAACCCCUGGUUUGUAAAAAGAUCGCCCACGAGAGGCUCACGGUUCUCGUCUUCAUGGACGAUUGCAUCAUUACCGCUUGCCAAGAGGGGCUCAUCUGCACGUGGGCGAGGCCGGGCAAAAUGCACUCCUCAACACAGAUAUCAACACAGAACGGGAACUCGCCCAGCGGUACGGUGGUAUAGCCCCACGCCGGAGCCGUUCGUACCCGCGCCCGCACUGACGUUUCCUGCUUUCCGGAGGCUCGACCCCCGCCCUCUGUGGCUGGAGUCUGGCGUGGCGUCACCACCUCUGAUUUUGUCGCUGUAGAUCCUCGGCUGAACCACGUUUAUGUUUCAUUAUCAUAAAUAACCGCACACGGACAGGACGGCGGCACAGACCACCACAACGUUCCUUCAUCCUCCCUCCGCUGAUGGAAUGACGAGCGAGACGAGGACGGAAAACGCUGCGGACGCCACGGCCGUCGUAUCUUAUUUAUUUAUUUUAUGGUGGAAACUGUAGUAAUUUAUAUUGUAAAUAAUCAGAAUACUCUAUUAAAGCAGAGGACUAAAUGUAUUAAUAACGAACUCACAUCAUUAAUAUACGAAGAUCCUUUAUUGUACAUAGUGGCGGUUGAGUUGAUUAUUAUGUUUAGAGCUCGGAGGAUAAAUGUGUGUUAGCGUGUUUAGGAUUUAAUCGAGUAAUCGAGUUACUGCAUCCUGUAAUCUGGCCUGUUUGCUUGACAGCUUCUGAUCCUGAGGGUGUUUUCACAUCUGGACUGUUUAUUUCGAACCCGAGUCAGUUUAAGAUCGUUUAGAGGUGCUGAAAACACUUUUUUUUGUAAGCUCUGACUGAAAGAUUCACCUGAGCCGUCAAUCAGUGACAAGUAAACACACAACACACGGUUCAAGUUAAAGCAACUGGAUCGAACCCUCGAUUUUGGAGCUGCGUCUGGUCGAAUGUGUUAUUCCACACAAACAGUUUAAGAUUAUUAAUGCGAGUUAAGAUGUAACUGCUUCCCCAGUGGGAGUGGCCUGAAAAGUGGCUAAAAUUAGUUGAUUUGCUGUACGUGUAAAUGUGUGUUUAUUAAAUGACAGCACACAAUCACCAGUGCUAUAAAAUAAUAUAUAUAUAAGUGCAGGGUUUUUCAAACCUUCGGCAUCGUGAGGUGAAAAAAUGGGUCGCAGAGAAAAAUAAUAAUAAUUCAAUAAAUUGGUACGUUGGCGCCUCCUUAUAUUUUGUAAACCACAGUGAGACCAGAUAGAGUAAGAUGCAUUGUUUGUGUUGUCUGGGUUGCUUGGAAGAAAUGUGCAAAACCCUGUUUCAGAGGGGUCGUGUAUUAACUCAGACCUUUUGGUGACCUGUUUGUCGCCAAACUCGCAAACAUAGUAAUCAGGCAAAAUUCAGAACGUGGAUGUAUUCAUAUUUAAUAUUGAACCGAAGGAUAAUUCAAUCUGCUCUGAUUCCAGACCUGGCAGCCAGUGACUGAUCGAGCUUUGAGGAUUAAAAUACAGCCACACCG